AUGUUUGGCUCUCGAGCAUUUACAUCAACUGCCGCCGGCCAUAGAUGUGCUACAUCUGCAAAAUUCACAAGUACAAGACAAGUUGAGAAUGAUAUUCCAGAGCGAUAUCAAAUAGCCGAUGUUGAAGAUGAAAAAGAUCCUAAACGAAGUUUAGCUUGUGCAAUUAUUUCCUCAGCAUUCUGUCCUUUUUUAGGUAUUAUUGCUAUUUUCUAUGCAAUUCGUGCUGUACGAGCAUAUAGUCAAGGAUUCUAUGCAGAAUCAUCAACAUUUUAUAAAAAAGCUAUUCGAUGGUCACUUAUUACAUUUAUUAUUGGUCUUGUACUUGGUUCAAUAAUAGCAUUUAUUUUUUUUGUCAAAGCUGUUCUUUUUGUCUAA